CGGUGGGGGUGGGGGGAAGCGAAAUGUUUUGGGAGUUGUCAGUGCACCUGUGGCUGGCUGUGUAGGCGACCCGCGCAAUGUUAUGAACACUGUGUGACAUCGACUGGUUUCGACUUGCAGACGCUCAGGUCCACCCUGUUGACUGUCGAGAACCUGCUUCAAGAAAACCACAGCAAUGCUCGGCUGCGUCACAAUUAGCGUUGUCGCCUGGUUCGUCCUCAUUCCUGCAGAUGGCGCACCCACGACGGUGCUGCCACCUGGGGUGGUGCUGCAGCUGGAGGACACGCAGGAAGCCUUGAACCAGACGAACGCCGAGCCAUGCACUGUGGCAGGAGCUGAGUACAACCACGGCCAGCAGGUGCCACGCGAGGACCCUUGCGAAUUCUGCCUGUGUCUGGACGGCGAGCUGUUUUGCUGGUGGCAGGAUCGUCUCUGCUUGCGGUAUGGCUUACAGGGUCGUCCCUGUUUCUAUCUCUGCCCUGAGACUAGGUAUUCUGUGGUUCUUCAUGGUUUGCCUCAGUCCCGUCCAGAGCCGUAA